AUGGAGUUCAGGAACUCGACCUUGGUAAGUGGGUUCAUCUUGUUGGGGAUUCUGGAUGGCAGUGGCUCUCCUGAACUGCUCUGUGUCACCAUCACAGCCCUGUACAUGUCAGCUCUGACCAGCAAUGGACUGCUGCUCCUGGCCAUCACUAUGGAUGCCUGGCUCCACGUGCCCAUGUACCUCCUACUUGGACAGCUGUCUCUCAUGGACCUCCUUCUGACAUCAGUUAUUACUCCCAAGGCAAUCAUGGUUUUUCUACUCAAAGAUAACACCAUCUCUUUUGGAGGUUGUGCCCUUCAGAUGUUUCUAGAACUGGUACUGGGUGGUGCAGAGGACCUCCUUCUGGCCUUCAUGGCCUAUGACAGGUAUGUAGCCAUUUGUCACCCUCUGACCUACAUGAUCUUUAUGAGGCCAAGUGUUUGCUGGCUCAUGGUGGCUGCCUCAUGGAUCCUGGCAUCAGUGAUGGCCCUAGGAUUUACCAUCAACACCAUGCAUUACCCUUUCUGCAAAUACCGACAGAUCAGACACCUGUUCUGUGAGAUCCCUCCCUUGCUAGAGCUGGCUUGUGCAGACACUUCUAGUUAUGAACUUGUGUUUUAUUUGGUGGGUGUGCUCAUGCUAAUUCUCCCUCUUACUGCUAUCUUUUUCUCUUAUGCACAGAUUUUGUUCACUGUUCUCCACAUGCCCUCCAACAAGGGCAGGAAGAAAGCCCUUGUGACCUGUUCCUCACACAUGACUGUUGUGAGCAUGUAUUUUGGGGCUCUCACGGUCAUGUAUGUCCUACCCAGUUCCUACCACAAUCCAAAGCAAGACAAUAUCUUCUCUGUUUUCUAUACAGUUGUCACCCAGCUCUGA